AUGAUUAAUUAAAAUAAUUCUAAAACACACAUAUCAGUUAAUAUUAGUCAAACCAAUAAGCGAGUUCAAUAAUUUGCUUACUUUGAUUUAAAAAGAAUGAGAAGAAAGGCAAACAAUUUGAAUUUAAAAAAUCUAAAUGCAACCUAUUUUUCUAAAACAACUAUAUCAUAAGAAUCCUCCUUUAGAGAAGAAUUUUAUGAUGAAAACAAAAAUAUUAAUUAAAUUAUAGAAGAAACUUAUUAAUUAAAAAGAAGGGAAUUCGACUAAAAUUCUUCGUAAAAUAGUAGUAAUAUUUUACCAAGUGUUUAAAAUUAAGAUAAAUCAGAAAAAUCAUUUUAAGAAAAAGAUAAAUCAAAGCUUAAAAAAUAAACCAGCAUAAAUAAAAUUCAUCUAACUUAAAAUGAUGAUUCAAUUUUAAGUGAUUUAAAUCAUUAAUAAAAAACUCUUUCUUUUGUAUAACGCAAUAAGACAAAAAUUUAUUAAAAAAUAAAUGAUCAGUUAAAGACAUCUCCUAAAGUUAAUUUUAAAAGUAAGUUUCUUUAAACUUAAUUCUAAAAUAGUAAAUAAGAUUAAGCCAAUCGAUUUCCAUAAAUUUGGUCUUAAUAAUCAAACACAUUAAUUUAAAAUGAAAAAUCUAAGACUAAAGCCUGUUUCUUAAAACUAGAAGAGUAAUUUAAAAAAAUGGAAAAUGAUAAAGUAUUCGAACCUUUCUUAAAAGAUUAAAAAUAAAAAGUGAAGCUAAUGACACCUUUAGUAAUCAGAAAAGACAAGCCUUAUUACGUUGCUGAAAAUAAGGAUAAUAGUAAUAAAUUAAUUGUAUUGUUCUAGAAAAUCUAAUUGAUAAUAUGAAAAAUGAGAAUACAAAUUUUAGCAAAGAUGAAUAUUUGAUGGUUAGUUAUGACAAAAUUUUAGAAUAUAUAUGA